AUAUCUCUGGCUGGCGUCCUCUAAAGCAGUCAGUCCCUGGUGUGUGUGACCCAGCUGGGAGUAACAGUAAAAUGGCAGGCGUGCUGGCUCGAAAAGCUGUCGACUAUGUCAAGAGCAAAGACUUUCGAGACUAUCUUAUGAGCACGCAUUUUUGGGGCCCUGUGGCCAACUGGGGACUUCCUAUUGCUGCUAUCAAUGACAUGAAUAAAUCACCAGACAUCAUAAGUGGACGCAUGACUUUUGCCCUUACCUGUUACUCCUUGAUGUUUAUGAGGUUUGCAUAUAAGGUGCAACCCAGAAAUUGGCUACUUUUUGCUUGCCAUUUUACAAAUGAAUGUGCUCAACUUAUUCAGGGAGGACGACUGAUAAAACAUAAAUUAUCUCAAAAAGAAGCUAAAGAUAAAUGAACAAAAUAAGCCUUCAACCUCUGCAUUUUGGAAUAUAUGCCUCAUAACACUAGGAUCUUGCCAAGCAACUGUUUGCACUUUUAUUUUAUUAUUUGUAGUUCAGAUCAAUAACCCUUCUCUUAGACAUGGAAAUUAAUGAAUUUUAUUAAAAACUGUGGUUCAGGAAAAGAAGACUAGCAACAUGCUGCCUGUGAAGAUGUAUUCAACUAGAUAUAUUGUGGUAGAGAUAAGAGUUUGGAGUUUAAUUUUGGCAUCCUUGGAAAUAACAGUGAAAAAGUGUUAUAAAUCAGGGGCAUUUAUAUCUGAUAUAGAUUUUUAACCAUGUAAUAAAGAAAAAACAUUUCUAACAA